AACUUGGGUAACGUUUCCAAAAAAACUUCAGGAAAAAACUUCCUCUCAGAGGAAAAUCGUGCCAACCACCGGGCUCUGGGUUGAACGCAGCCUCUUCGAACCGAACGGUCCAACAGUGACAUCCUUCUGGUUUUACUCUCUCAUCCUCCGUCGGAUAUUUAACCUUUUUUCUUUUUAAUUUUAUAACCACGGCUUCAAAGGUGGACAGCGUUCUUUCCUCCCUGUCCCUACAUUUCUUCAAGAAAGAAAUGGAAGAGGGCUCCGGUUCGCCGGUGUCCCCUGUGGAUAGUCUGGUGACCAGCGAGGAGGAGCUGGACCGGCAGCACAAACGCUUCUCCAGGAAGAGGAGAGUCAGUAAAAAGUCCAGCGAAGACAACAGCAGCAGCAGCGGUAGCCCGGGGCCCGGCGUCAAACGGGCCAAAAAGCCGAGCCCAAGCAGCAACCAGUCCUACGAGGAGCUGCAGAACCAGCGGGUCCUGGCCAACGUCCGGGAGCGGCAGCGGACGCAGAGCCUCAACGAGGCCUUUGCAUCGCUGCGCAAAAUCAUUCCCACGCUGCCGUCAGACAAACUCAGCAAGAUCCAGACGCUGAAACUGGCCUCCAGGUACAUAGACUUUCUUUGUCAGGUGCUGCAGAGCGACGAGAUGGACAAUAAGAUGUCCAGCUGCAGCUACGUAGCGCACGAAAGACUGAGUUACGCCUUCUCCGUGUGGAGGAUGGAGGGCGCGUGGUCCAUGUCAGCAUCUCACUAGCAGCGGAGAGAUGCACUUCCGAUGCCGACGCGACUGUUUACUUCUACCAAGUAUGAAGAACCAAAGGGACUAAACCCACCGACCUCAAUCACUGGGCGCCACGGAGACACAAAGGCACGCCACCCCACGUCUCACACAGACCGUCGGGGAGAGUGUGUGCGCGUGGAUUCAGAUUCAUCAAGCUCUGUUUUUUCACUGACUGUGUGUCUGAGGCAGAGGAAAGAGGAAAUAAACCCCACGGAGAGUCCUGCCAUGUACAGGCCAAAGGUGCAUAUGUGUAUUAAAGCCAUCUUCUACCCUUUACAGGGGAGAUAUAUGUAAAUGUACAAAUAUAUAUAU